UGGCGUUGUCGAUAUUUCUUCAGGUUUUCUAUGGAUGCUCCUUAAUAUGAGAAGAACGCAUGAGCAAAUCAGGCAGAAUUAUUACACAUUUCAUUAAACGUGCUGUUAUAACUCUAUUCCUGUGACGGAUAGGAAGUCUCAUAUUUUGCAGCGUCGUUGAAACGUUAAACAGCAUUUGGUCAGUGGAUCAGCAGAGAUGUCAUUCCCUCAUCUUAACCAGAUUGCCCAGUUGCCCCCCGGCAUUUCCCCUUCACAGUUUGCUGGCUUUCCCACAACUGUUCCUGCAGCAAGUUCAAUAAUUCAAGUGCCUGUGGGAAUGAUGACUCCUCCUCCAGCAGUUUUAGUACAAACACCAGUGCCAGUGGUUCAGAAGCUGAAUAGAGACACCAAUGCCACCCGAAACAAGGACUCGGAGGACGGUACAAGUUCGAGCACAGGGCCGACCACCACAGUUUUUGUAGGGAACAUCUCAGAAAAGGCAUCCGACAUGUUGGUGCGACAGUUGUUGGCAAAAUGUGGUUUGGUCCUCAGUUGGAAAAGAGUCCAGGGAGCUUCUGGAAAACUGCAAGCGUUUGGUUUCUGUGAGUACAAAGAGCCAGAGUCCACGCUGAGAGCUCUCCGACUGCUUCAUGAGCUGCAACUAGGUGAUAAGAAGUUACUUGUGAAGGUGGAUGCAAAGACCAAAGCCCAGCUGGAAACCUGGAAGGCCAGUCAGAGGAGACGAAACGGGACUCCUCAGACUGGAGAAGAGGCUAAAGAUGAGGAGGAGGAAGAGGUUCUGGAUGAGGAGAUGAAGCGGCGUGAUCAGAUGGUGAAGGGGGCCAUAGACAGUCUGAUUCGGGAGUACUCCAGCGAGCUCUCAGCCUCCUCACAGGAUGGUGAAGCCCAUCAGCGCAAGAAACGCAAAGAGAAGAAGGAGGAUGAUAUCAAUGCUAUGGAGCUGGAGGACGACAAGCGAGACCUGAUUUCCAGAGAGAUUAGCAAAUUCAGAGACACACACAAGAAACUAGAGGAGGAGAAGGAGAGAGAACGACAGCAGAUAGAGAAAGAGAGGAGAGAUAGAGACAAAGAGAGGGAGCGAGAGAAAGAACGACGUGACCGAGAGAAAGAGAAGGAGCGGGAAAGAGAGAGGCAGAAGGAGAGAGAGAAGGAGCGAGAAAGAGAGCGGGACCGCGAACGUGAACGAACAAAAGAGAAAGGGCGGGAGAAAGAGAGAAGCCGUGAUCGUAGCAAAGACCGAAGCAGAUCAAGGGAGAAGAAUCGAGAAGAGAAGAAAAGGGAGCGAGAGGAAGAUGAAGAAGAGGCGUAUGAACGACGGAAGCUGGAGAGGAAGCUGCGUGAAAAAGAAGUGGCUUAUCAGGAGCGCCUGAAGAACUGGGAGAUCAGAGAGAGGAAGAAAUCAAGGGAUUACAGUAAAGAAACAGAAAGGGAGGACGAAAGGCAAAGAGAAAUGACUAAAGAAGCCAAGCGCCUGAAAGAAUUCCUGGAGGAUUAUGAUGACGACCGAGAUGAUCCCAAAUACUACAGGGGCAGCGCAUUGCAGAAGCGACUGAGGGAUCGAGAGAAAGAGCUGGAAUUAGAUGAGAGAGAUCGAAAAAGAGAGAAAGAUGAGUUGGAGGAGAUCAGACAGAGACUCCUCGCAGAAGGACACCCAGACCCUGAUGCUGAACUUCAGAGGAUUGAGAAGGAGGCUGAGAAACAGCAGAAAGUUCCUCUAAAGCAAGAGCAGAUGGAGGAGGUGCUGCAGCUCUCACGUGAGGAGCAUCAGAGAAAAGAAGUGGAGCAGGAAGUGUUUUCUUCUGACAAUAACAUCACAGACCGAGAGGAGGAGGAGGAAGAGGAGGAGAAGGAGGAGGAGGAUGAAGAUGAUGAUCGAGAGGUCAAGCCGUGCCUGAAGCCCACACUCAGACCUGUUACUGGAGCAACCUCAGUCUCUUCAGCCAGUGGAAAUGCCACUCCCCUCACACCCGGCAGCGAAUCACCACAUGGCACUGCGUCUCCGCAUGAGAACUCUAUUCAUGAGGCCCCGCCCACAGAAGAGCUCAGGCCUAAAAUAGGCCUCAGUCUCAAAUUAGGCACUACAGGAAGUCCUAAGAUGGCACCAGCAGGAAGACGAAAGGCUCUUGCAGCAGUGGACAGCGUCUUUAAUAAGUUUGAGGAGGAGGAGGUGGAGGAGGCACCUAAGAAGAGGAAGUUGGUGCCUCUGGAUUACAGUGAGGAGGAGAGAGGAGCUCUCAGUUUAGAUGGAGCAGAGGUCACCGGUUCACGGCCUGGAGGAAACACAGAAGAGAAACGAAAACACAUCAAGAGUCUGAUUGAGAAGAUUCCUACAGUCAAACAAGAACUGUUUAAUUAUCCACUGGACUGGAACAUGGUGGAUACGACACUGAUGGACAGAAGGAUUCGCCCCUGGAUCAAUAAGAAAAUCAUUGAAUACAUCGGAGAGGAGGAAGCUACGCUAGUGGACUUUGUCUGUUCAAAGGUUAUGGCUCACAGCACACCAGAGGGAAUUCUGGAUGAUGUUGCCAUGGUGCUGGAUGAGGAAGCAGAAGUGUUUAUAGUUAAAAUGUGGAGACUUCUCAUCUAUGAAACAGAGGCCAAGAAGAUCGGCCUGGUGAAAUAACAUGAGAUUAAAACGAGCAGCUGAGAGCAGAUGAAGUGAAGUCUGCGUCUCUCUCCUGCUUUUAGAGCUUUUAAAUUACAGUACGGUGGAUGAACACCACAGACUGAUGCACUUCAACACUUCCUGUAAACUCCAGAGGAUUAACUGCACAGCUACGAGUGUGAAUGUGUGUGUGUGUGUGUGUAUGUGUGUGUGUAUGUGUAUUCUAGGCAUGUGCCAGUUGGUCUGAUUGCAUUGCCAAAACUGUGUAAAAGUUGAAAGCUUCUUUCAUGCCCAGAUUAAAUGGCGAGUCUAUUUUGGCUGGCUGAUUUCCA